AUGACAUAUGAUAGUGGACAGGACCGGGCGAGUCCGGCGCAACUAGCAGUGCCGGGCGACACGCAACGCGCUGCUGGCGUCGUACCCUCAACGUUGACCCACCCUGGCUCCGACGAGAGCCGGCCCGCUGACGACACACCAUUCACGCCUGACAUUCGUGGAGAUAGCCGACUGUCUCGGCCUCGGCGUCUGCCGGGGCUCAGAGCCCGUCGGAGGACAUCUAUACAGCCAGCGUUAGACUCCACGCCAAAAUCGCCGUUGGCUGCGUCAAGAUCCGUGAGAAGAUCGGAACAAGUGGUACAGGAAAGAUCUGAAUGUUUACCAACAUGA